AUGAGGACGAUGGCAGGGCUAGGAUCAGAGCUGCCUUCCGGCCUAGUGGCCCCCAAACUCCUGUCCUGGCUAACAGGACUAGGAGCAGGAAUGGUCUUCCUGAGCUUAAUGCAGAAACUGCUUUACCCUUACUUCUGGAAUGACCUCUGGUACCUGCUCAAGGUGGUGCGCUGUGGCUUUCAGUUGGAGAUGUACAAACUGAAAGGGGAGCUAGUCACUGUCCUGGAUAAAUUCCUGACCCAGGCCAAGAAGCAGCCCCAGAAACCUUUCAUCAUCUACGAGGGAGCCAUCUACACCUAUCAGGAUGUGGACAGGAGGAGUAAUAGCGUGGCGCAUGUCUUCCUCAACCAUUCCACGCUGAAGAGGGGCGAUACCGUGGCGCUGCUGAUGAGCAACGAGCCUGACUUCAUUCACACGUGGUUCGGCCUGGCCAAGCUGGGCUGCGUGGUGGCCUUCAUCAAUUCCAACAUCCGCUCCGCUUCUCUCCUGCAUUGCAUUCGCAGUUGUGAACCCAGGGCCCUCGUGGUGGGUGCAGAUUUGCUUGGAAUUAUAGAAGAAAUCCUCCCAAGCCUCCCAGAAGAUCUCAGCAUUUGGGGAAUGAAUGAUUCUGUCCCACAAGGCAUCAUCUCACUGAAACAAAAGCUAAGCACAGUAUCUGACAGCCAGGUGCCACGCAGCUACCAUGUUGCCUCAAACCUCCAGGCUCCUUAUCUUUAUAUUUUCACUUCUGGAACAACAGGUCUCCCCAAACCAGCUGUGAUUACUCAGCUACAGGCCCUGAAGAGUUCUGCUGGACUGUGGGCUUUUGGUUGUACGUCCAAUGACGUCAUUUAUAUAACCCUUCCUCUGUAUCACAGUGCAGGAUCUCUGCUGGGUAUUGGUGGAUGUGUUGAGUUAGGCGCUACCUGUGUGUUAAAGAAGAAAUUCUCAGCAAGCCAAUUUUGGAAUGACUGCAAAAAGUAUAAUGUGACUGUGUUUCAGUACAUUGGAGAACUUUGUCGCUACCUUUGCAAACAACCUAAGAGAGAAGGAGAAAAGGAUCAUCGGGUACGUUUGGCCGUUGGAAAUGGCUUACGGAGUGAUGUAUGGAGAGAAUUUUUAGACAGAUUUGGAAAUAUUAAGAUGUGUGAGCUUUACGGAGCUACUGAAGGAAACAUUUGUUUCAUGAAUCACACUGGGAAAAUUGGAUCAGUUGGGAGAGCAAAUUUCUUUCACAAACUUUUUUUCACUUUUGCCUUGAUAAAAUAUGAUUUUCAGAAAGAUGAGCCCAUUAGAAAUGAACAGGGCUGGUGCAGUCAUGUGAAAAAAGGGGAACCUGGACUCCUCAUUUCUCGAGUGAAUGCAAAGAAUCCCUUCUUCGGCUAUGCUGGCGAUAAGAAGCACACAGAAAAGAAAUUGCUUUGUGAUGUGUUUAAGAAGGGAGAUGUUUACCUUAACACCGGAGACCUAAUGGUCCAAGACCAGGAGAAUUUCCUUUAUUUUUGGGACCGUAUUGGAGACACAUUCAGAUGGAAGGGAGAAAAUGUUGCAACCACAGAGGUUGCUGCUGUUAUUGGAAUGUUGGAUUUCAUACAGGAAGCCAAUGUCUAUGGUGUGGCUGUGCCAGAUUAUGAAGGAAAAGCAGGAAUGGCUUCUAUUACUUUAAAACCAAAUAAAUCUUUAGACUUGGAAAAAGUUUAUGAACAAAUUGUAGCAUUUUUACCAGCUUACGCCUGCCCACGAUUUUUAAGAAUUCAGGAAAAGAUGGAAAUGACAGGAACCUUCAAACUACAGAAGUUUCGGUUGGUGGAAGAAGGAUUUAGUCCAUUGAAAAUUUCUGACCCAUUGUACUUCAUGGAUAACUUGAAAAAAUCAUACAUUUUAUUGACCAAAGAAAUUUAUGAUCAAAUAAUAUCAGGAGAGAUUAGACUGUAAGUUUUUUAAUAUCUGAGAUUUUCACAUGCUUUCUAUGAGAAGUGAGAAGAGAGUAUGUGAUUCUCUAAUGUGAAAUGGGGAGAGAAGGAACUGACAUUAAUUAAGCAUGUGUUAUCUUUCCUUAAUAUGUGACAAUUUUUCUUUAACAACUGUAAUUUGUUUUAAUUAAUAACAAACUUUAGUUGAUUAUUCUUUUUACCCAUUUGGAGAUUCAGUGAAUAAGUAAAUAUCUGCCAUAGGGCUUUUAAAUAAUAAAUAAGUGAUUAACAAUUUAGAUACCUACUAAAAAUAUACUUUUCAAUAUUUAAAAUUUCUAGUUUUGAGUAAAGGGUUAAAUUUUACUCACAUAUUUGACUUUUAUGUUCCCUGUCCUAUAACUCAAUAAAACCAUCUUUAUUAA